CUCUCAUGUGCGAAGGUGUGAAUCACUCCAGGUACAUGACCUAAUUUUGGAGGGCCAACGGUGCCCACCUGUAAAAUUUCAGGAUCAAUGUUCAAUGGAAUAGGAGUGUAAGGCUGCAUUUUGUAAAAAUCGGAGAAGAUGAAGGGAUGGGUUGGUUCGUUUUUGGUGCUGAUACAUAGCAGCUUCGUCGUAUCGCAAACAGAAGUUGCCAAAUGGUGUGCCAUAUCUGAGGCAGAGUUGCAGAAGUGUAAUGCUUGGAGCACAGCUGUACAAGCAAAACAAUAUACUGGCACACCUAGACUAGAAUGUGUCCUUGGGGAGAAUAGCUUUGACUGCAUGGACAAAAUUUCAAGAUACACAGCAGACUUGAUGGCAGUCGAUGCGGGUGAUGCUUACUUUGCUGGGCGUUUCUUUAGUCUUGCUCCAAUCAUGGCAGAGGAGUAUAUUAACAAGGAACAAAUGUAUGCUGUUGCUGUUGUAAAAAAGGGAACUAAUUUCAAUAUAAAAACACUGGCUGGUAAAAAUUCUUGUCAUCCAGGGAUAAACAGUGCUGCAGGCUAUGUGUAUCCCAUGGCACAGAUGUUUCAAAGCAAACUGAUCUCGGUAACUGAGUGUAAUGUGCAGCUGAAGUCAGUGGCCAACUUCUUCAAUGUAUCCUGUAUUCCUGGGGCACUCAGUACACACAAGAAUGUAUUUGGUGACAACCCACCUGACGUGUGUAGCCUGUGUCAGGGACGAGGCAGUGACUUCUGCAUGUCAUCAGAUCCGUUUGGUGGAUUUGCUGGUGCAUUCCAGUGCCUUGCCAGUGGCAGAGGAGAUGUUGCCUUCCUUAGGCAUGCAGAUGUGCUGAAAUAUACCAGAGAAAAUCCAAAUUACGCAGAUUCUGAUUUUGAGCUUCUUUGUCCUACCGUAUUGGAGUCUGGCGUUGAAGUCGAUCCUGUCCUGUUCAGGAGACCUGUAAGUGACUUCAGGCUCUGUAACUUUGGACAAGUCCCCGACAAUGUGGUGAUGACUGGCAGCAGGCGCACAACUGAAGCAAAAGCUGCCUUCAAAAGUCUGCUGUCCAAAUCUUCUAGAGAUUUCACAGUGUAUAUUCCACCCUCAACUGGCGUAGGCACUAAUGCCACCACCACCACAACCACACCCAGGCCAGGGAGCUUUAGAAUCUUCGAGUCCCGGAGCUUUGGGGCAUAUGAUUUGUUGUUUACUGAUGACACAAGGGCUCUGGCUGAUGUAGGCCAGCUGGAUACCUACUACGAAUGGCUUGGUGAUAAGUUCAGAGAAACAAGACAGAAGUUGAUUGUCUGUCCACUGCCCUAUACUCGAUGGUGUGUCAUUUCUUCUGAUGAAAUGGCAAAGUGCGAGCAGAUGAAGAUGAAUUUUGCUGCUAUGAACCUACGUCCCACACUGGACUGUGUCCGUGGAGACAAUGCCCGUGAUUGUAUGAGAAUCAUCAAAGAGGGAGAUGCUGAUAUCAUAAACCUGGACGCCUCUGAUGUGUACAUUGCAGGAAGGAAUUACGGUCUUGUCCCAAUUGCUUAUGAAAACUUAGGAGAUGCAAAUACUGAUUUUUAUUAUGCCGUGGCAGUGUCAAGAAAAGUGGAUUCCACCACUAACUUAUUUAAUCUGAAAGACAAGAGGACAUGUCAUAGUGGCAUUGGUCUUGCAGCAGGUUGGAUAGUUCCCAUGGAUAUCAUGUUGCAGACUGGCCAGCUCACUGUGGAUAACUGUGAUCUUUACGAGGCUCUAGGGCGAUUCGUGAGUCGCAGCUGUGUUCCUGGCAUCCUGGAUCCCCUGUACAAUGUGAAGGGAACCAACCCCAUUAGUUUGUGUGAAGCUUGUGCCUCUGGUGGAAGGUACAAGUGCCAGAGGAACAGUGUGGAGUUGUACUACAGUGACACUGGGGCAUUUAGGUGCCUUGCAGAAGGUGGUGGAGAUGUGGCAUUUGUGAUGCACACCACUGUGCGUGACAACACAGGAGGCAAGAACCAGGCCGAGUGGGCCAGGAACAGGCGUGCUGAUGACUAUGAGCUCCUCUGUAAGGAUGGGACGCGUGCCUCCGUUGAUGACUGGAAAACAUGUUACCUGUCUAAAGUACCAGCCAGCGCAAUUGUAACAGCAGAUUAUAAAGAUGAAGAGACCAGAAAUCAUUACUGGAACCUACUUAAUUACGGGCAAUACCUUUUUGGCUCCGACAGUAACCCAGAUUUCAAGAUGUUCAGCUCACCUAUCGGUACUUCCAACUUGAUGAUGUCCGAUGCAGCAGUACGUCUGGAGAAGAUCCCAAAAGACAAACAGGAUUACAAGUCCUACUUACAAUCUCAUUUCAUUAACAUGAUCAGAGAAGUAGAGGAGGCCAACUGUGUUUCUUCUGCAUCGUUCCUCACUCCAACUAACACAUUUUUCCAUCUGAUCAUUCUAGUGGUGACUUUUCUUAUGUUAUGAGUAUAAAAUGCUUCCAAAGCAUACUGUAAAUAGUCCAUCAUUAUGACAUGAACGAACAUGCUUUUAUAGACAUUUUGCAGAAACUGAAAAUGCAAUUUAGAAGCUAUGUAUUAAGAGAGUUUAGAUAAUGCAUUUAGUUAAGUUUUUUAAACAAAUGUAAUAUUUGAUGUAAAUACUUUUAAACAAGUCGUGUUGUGAAUCUAAAGAUUAAAGAAUACUUGCAUAUCCUGGAGGAAAGCGUUUUACAUACACAUUACCUUUCAUUCCAGAUGAACUUAUUGGGUCCAAAAAAAGUGUGAUAACCAGUGAUGUAACAAAUUCCCUUUUGCCAUGUUGCAAUUAUUACAAUUUUAUAUUGUACAUUUUCAUGUACAUAUUUUGUUAGACAUAUGAGAUUUUUAUAAGAUAUCACAUAUUUUAUGCUUCUUAUACAUUGUAGUUAUUUUACAAAGGAUUGGAGACUGGUUAUUGUAUUUUAGCAUCCAAAGCUGUACAUUCAAUUAUAAUUUGAUGAAAAAAGAAUUUCAGGUUGAUAUUUGCCACAUACUUUCACUUCUCUUAACAUUUCAAAUUAAACGGUGUUUUAUAGAGUGACCUUGUGGUCAAUACUGGAUAUUUGACAAUAAAGAAAAAAAUCUAAGA